AUGAAGGCAAUCAAAAUUAAAUUUAUGUCUCGCAUUUUUGACCCAAGAGAAGAUUCGAUGUCAGCUCCUAUCGAAAAAGAAGAAACUUCGCCAGUAGACUCCGCUACUAACACCAAUACCGCUCAAGACAAAUGUCCAUAUCCAUUAACAAUUGAUUGCCUUGAGGAAAUUCUUUCACAUUUAAUCGAUGAUAAACUUACAUUAUUUUCUUGUAUAAUGGUGAAUAGUUUAUGGUUAAACCUAUGUAUACCAUUUUUAUGGAGUAAUCUAUUUGAUAAUUUUCUCCAUCAAACAAAUCAAUCACGGUUGAUAAGAACCUACAUUUCUUGCUUACCCAUACAAGACAAACAAAGACUACUUAAAUAUAAUUUAAAUAAUUCGAGCAACAACAAGAAGAAAUUUUCAACCUUUAUGAUGCAAACUCAACAGUUUCCUAUAUUUAACUAUAACAAGAGAAAUUUAAUAAUGAAACCUUUAUCACGAAUCUCACUAAACGAGGAACCAUUAUUUUUCUAUCCUAAAUAUUUGAAAAGUUUAAAUUAUGACAAGUUUGAUUUCGCGAUAAAAGGAUAUUGUUUAGCUUAUUCACAUCAAAAUCAUGGACAAUAUAAAAGAUUGGUAUUUGAAUUAUUAAAAAAUUUAAUAUUUAAUAAUGAAAUGGUCUGUUUGAGAGAUUUAAAAAUCAAAUUUAAUCAUGAAAUUGAAUCACCUUUACAUAACACGGCAACGACCAUCAUGAAGACAUCAAUAAAUACUUUUAUUAAAUUAACCACAUUGGAUUUAAGUUAUAGAUAUUCAAGCGAGACCGAUGAGAUGAUAAUUCCACAACAAAUUUCAAAUAUUUGUACGCAUUUAUCAAUACAUUCAACUCACAUUCGACACCUUACGAUUUAUAUCACUCAAAAAUGGUGGGGGGAUGAAUUUAGGCAACAAAUUUGUGAUCCAAUUUUUAAAUUGAUCAGAUCUCAAAAAAAUUUAAAAUACCUUUCUAUCAAUGAAUUUUGGAAUAAUAAUAAAUGUCAAUUAAAUAAUAAGUAUGAUAGUGUUGAUAGGUUGGAUAUGGGCAUUGAAUAUUCAAAACAAUUUUAUCAGAUUUUAUUACAACAAACCAGCAAUACUUUGGAAUCUUUACAAUUUCAUGAUUUAACCCAAUUUAAAUUAUUAUUAAAUAUCCUUAAUCAUUUCAAAAGACAUUUUUCCAUAAACAAUAAUGAUGGUGGUAAUUCAAUUAUAAUUCACUCUUUGAUCUCCCCUAUAAUAAUAUCUUCAAACAAAUCUCUUGAAUCCCUUUCAUUAAGUGAGGUAUCCAGAGAUAUUUUAUUAUCCAUUACAAAUCAUUGUCCAAAUGUAUCAAAUUUAUCCCUUUCGUUAAAUCCUUCUUUAUCACCCGAAUUUUGUGCUUUAUUAAUGUCCCUUUCUAAAUUACAAUCCCUUAAGAUAAAUAAAUCCUUUUGUAAUAUUUCAUUUACUGCCACUGAUUUAAUUAAUUUGGCCAAUUCUUUACCAACUAGUUUAUAUUAUUUUAACACUGAUAUCUUUGAUAAUUCGAAAUUUUUAAAUUAUUUCUUAGAAAAUUGUAAUGUAGAUUUAAAUUUAUCUAUAUUGGAGGUUUAUCAAAAUGUUGUUGAUGAUGCUGCAUUAAUAGCCGUUUUGAAUUAUAAACAGAAAAAUGGUGUUAGACUAAGAGAAUUUAGAUAUAGUGGAAUGAGUAUCAUGUUUAGCACUAGAAUUUGGGAAUCAACUAAAAAGAUUCUACCUGAUCUUGUAAAGGUUUAA